GGGUAAAAGUACGCAACAUGCAAACAAGUCCUGCAUAAACUUGACGAUUUUGACGGAAACAUCGUCACAAGAUUGAAAGUUGAGAAGUUGUGUUUUUCUCUGAAACCUUUCCGUCCACGUUAAGUAUUUUUGCUACUUCAUUGCAUCCAACUAUCUAUAAAAGACCAUACAAUUUUUGAAUAAAUCAUAUGGUGUAAAACAGCUGUUGUUGAAGAAAUGGCGACGACACGGGGGACUUUGACCGCUAACUUCCGGGUUCAACGGCAAUGCUCUGUGUUUGUGAUUUUGAUCAUCAUAUACGAGAUCGUCAUUAUUUCAGGCAAUGUAGUACAUCUAACGAUGGUCACACCCACACCCUAUGGAGCGGGGAGGAGUCGAGUCAGUUUCAGCUGUUUCCGUAGCAGCCCCGAUACUAAUGUUGAUCUGAGCUUCGGCAGACCCUUCAUGAUUGGUAUCCCAGGAUCUACAAUUCAGUCAGCUACUACCCUUCCUGAUGGUUCUUUGACCUACUUGUCUACAACACCAUCUUAUGUGACACGGCAACUGCCUGACAGUGCUGAUUCUACUGGGUUGUUUUACUGCGAGGGAUCCAAUUCAGGAAUGACAACCAGGGUGUACAGCAUUAUCCACUCUUAUACCAGAAGUUUUGAGCCAGUUGAUGGAUUGGUGACAAAGACUAUCAACAAAGGAGAAGAUGUUACUCUGUCAGUCAGCUCGGUUAAUGGCCUGGGUACUGGUCCUGUAUGGCGUCGGAUUAGAAAUGGAAUUGUUGAUGAUUUGAACAGUGUAUCUGGUCAGAAUACACUUACAAUAACAUUAUCCUCUGUGGAUGUAAUGGAUGGUGAUUUGUUUGCUGUGGUACAGACAGGUGUGACAACACGUGAUAAUCAUUUUGGAAUGAUCAGACUUAUAGUCAGAGGUUGCUCUGCUGGUCAAUGGGGUCCUCCUGCCUGUACUGGGAGAUGUAAUCAAUGCUACAAUGGAGGAGUGUGUGAUGAUGAGACAGGACAAUGCAUCUGUGCACCAGGAUUCAGCGGAACAAACUGCCUUACAGCUUGUGGUAUGCAUAAAUUCGGGUGGGCGUGUGAGUUUCAAUGUGGAUUUGGUAACCUCGUCGCUAGCUGCACAGGGAGUCAGUUUGGUUUACCAGAUCCCUAUGGAUCCAGCUGCAUCUCUGGAUAUUCAGGCAGAGACUGUGAUACAGAAUGUACUGCCGGAAAGUUUGGUGCUGGGUGUACAGAGACAUGUCACUGUCAAUCAGGAGGAACAUGUAAUGUCUACACAGGUGCGUGCAGCUCAGGAUGUGCAACAGGAUGGUCUGGUCGGAGUUGUCAAGUUCAAGGUUCAGCAGCAGUAAUUGUCAAUGACUGCCCAGUUCAAGGAGUGACUGCUACAGCACCUACUGGAACAACAUCAAUGGUCGUCAGUUGGACAGAACCAACAGCAACUGAUGCAUUUGGUCAACCAGUAUUCUACAGCAGCAGGAGUCAUCCACCCGGGCAAUCUUUCACAGUUGGCCAAUCUUUUCAAGUUACAUACACAUUUUCUGCAAACUCUGGACCCAUCCAUACCUGCAGUUUCACCGUAACUGUUAAUCUCCCAGUGAAUAUAGUCGGCUGCCCUACAUGGACAGUGACUGUUCCAGGAGUUUCAGCAACCCAAGCGACAUGGACAGAACCAACAGCAACUGAUGCUUCUGGUCGGCAAAUAACAAACAUCAUGAAGUCUCAUCAGCCUGGAGAUGUCUUCAAUAUCGAACAAAGUACUCAAGUAACCUACACAUUUACAGCUAGCUCUGGUGACCAGGCUACAUGCGUCUUUAAUGUGUCUGUCUACCGUGCCGUGAACAUCAUGAACUGCCCAAGCCCAGGAGUGACUGUAACUGAGACUAUACACGUAGGAGUAACAAGAAUACCUGUCAGUUGGACAGAACCAACAGCAACUGAUAGGUACAAUCAACUCAUAACAAACAUCAUGAAGACUCAUCAGCCUGGCGAUUCAUUCAACGUUGGUGAAUCAAUUGCAGUCAUCUACACCUUUAUUGAUGAUACCUCAGGGCUCCAGGAUACCUGUACCUUCAGUGUGACUGUAAACCUGGAUAACAUACCACCGGUAGUAGCAUGCCCAGACAACAUUGCCUUUGAGGUUCCCUUUGGUGCUAAUGGCAGGCAGGUUACCUGGCAACAACCCACUGUCUCUGACAAUUCUGGAAACUUCUUUUUCGUGUCAAGUUCCAACAAUCCCAAUGACUUCUUCUCAGUUGGCAGUACCAUAGUAACAUACACCUACAGAGAUGGUUCCAACAAUCAGAAUAGCUGCAGUUUCACAGUGUUGAUUACAGCUGCAGUGGACAACAUACCACCGGUAGUAUUGAUUACAGCUGAAGUGGACAACGAACCACCAGUAGUAACAUGCCCAGACAACAUUGCCUUUGAGGUUCCCUUCGGUGGUACUGGCAGGCAGGUUACCUGGCAGCUACCCACUGUCUCUGACAAUUCUGGAAACUUCUUUUUUGUGUCAAGUACCAACAAUCCCAAUGACUUCUUCUCAGUUGGAAGUAACAUAGUAACAUACACCUACAGUGAUGCUGCCAGCAACCAGAAUAGCUGCAGUUUCACAGUAUUGAUUACAGCUGCAGCCACGAAUGUACCUCCUCCAGCUGGAUCGUCUACAAUUAUUAUAGUAAUCAUUAACGUAAUCGUCAUUGUCGUCAUUCUUGUGAUUGUGUGUUUGGUUUACUUUCUGAGAGUUCGAAAGAGGAGACGCCAGCAUUCAAGGCCACAAGAAUCAACACAGAACCAAGAAAUGACCGGUUACGAAAACACAAUAACACCCGUCGAUGUUAUCAACGCCUCUGCAACGGACUAUGAGCCAGUUGGUCAAAAUCAAACAUCUAUAAAUGAACCAGUUGGAGAUAUCCAUUCGUCUCCGACCUAUGAGGAUGUUGGUUUACCUACAUGGGCUAAACCAUGGAGUGUACCCUGGGACAACGUUAUGGUAGGUACUAAAGUACUCGGAAAGGGGCAGUUUGGUGAGGUACGGUAUGGAGGAGUAAUGAUUGAAGGAGAAUUCUGCAAGGCUGCUAUCAAGAAGAAGCUACGAGAGCGUGCGUCCCCAGUCGACAGACAGAAUUUCCUCGACGAAUUCCGAUCCAUGACCAAAAUAAGACGUCAUCCAAACGUCGUCAGGAUUCUUGGUGCAUGUCAACACGAAGGGGAACUUUACGUGGCCAUGGAAUAUCUUCCCAACGGUGACCUUCGUUCCUACCUGAGGAAUGCUCGAUCAAUGGAUGGUGAAGAAUCUCUGUCUUCUGACAAGUUGCUCCAGUUUGCUUUGGAUGUCGCUAAAGGAAUGCAACACCUUGCUACAUCAGGUGUAAUACACCGAGAUUUGGCCGCAAGGAAUAUCCUUCUUGAUGGAAAUCUGAUUGCGAAGAUUUCUGACUUUGGCUUGUCACGAGGAGAAGAUAUCUAUGUACAGGCGUCGAAGACACGUGUUCCAACACGCUGGUUGUCUUUGGAGUCGAUGACCAACAAGACUUAUACUACAAAGAGUGACGUGUGGUCUUAUGGAAUCCUUCUCUGGGAGAUUGCAACUGUUGGUGGUACACCAUACCCGGGAAUACAAACUGGUGUCUUGAGGUCAAAGUUGAAGACUGGAUAUCGCAUGCCUAAACCAACUAACUGCGAUAUUAAGAUCUACGACUUGAUGCUGAAAUGCUGGCAGGAGAAACCGGACGAGCGUCCUUCAUUCAAGAAAAUAGUUUCUGUUCUUACCACAAUGACCGAGAACCAAGAUGAUGAGAUAUACAUGAGCCUUCUUCCGAGAUCUGAAGAGCACAAAUAUGUGAACAUCAGCCCAGAGUUUGAUGACAACUAGGUUUCUUCGAAGGAUCGUUUAGGUGGAUGGUGUUACAUUCGAAUGUUUAAUGUCUAGAUUUCCGAUGAUAGUUUAUGAAGUAUAAAUGUCUGUAGGAAAUACUUUAUAGCAAUCGCAAUAUAUCUUGCGGAGAAAUAUAAGACAUAAUAUGAUAAAGAAACCAAUGACAUAUCUCCGGUCGUUAAUAACGCACAUAACCAUGAACGUAACCAUUAAUAUUUUGCAUGAACAAUUUAACUGAAUUUUCAAAACUAAAAGCAACACCUUUGAAGAAACAAAUUUAGGAACGACGCGAUAAAACAAGU